CGAGCGCGCUCAUCGAUAAUAUAUUGUAAGAGCGUCAACGAGUCAAUCGUUCGUGUUAUUCGAGCAUCGACCAUCUAGCAAGAUAAAGCUCGAACACAGCCUGCCGAGCACUCGAUUGGACGCCUCAAGCAACUACAAUGGCAGCCCAACCGUAUAACUUUUCCUGGAUGGUGCCUGGCGAAAUCUGCGCCUGCGCGCGCCCCGACCGCCGUGCGCACGCUCAGUUCCUCAGGGACGCCGGUGUCCGGUACGUGGUGUGCUUGUCAGACGACCUGCCGCCUGCCCCAUAUCCGGACCUGCACAUCCAAACUAUUCCCGUUGAGGAAUUCGAACCCCCAACCCUCGACCAAAUACAUGAAUUUAUCGGGAUCUGUGAGCUAGCGAGAGCGCGGCAAGUGGCUGUCUGCGUGCAUUGCCGUAUGGGGCGCGGCAGGACGGGAGUGAUGCUGGCGUGCUACUUGAUUCGUUACCAGGGCCAGGUGCCACAACAGGCCAUCAGCAACGUCAGGUUCAAGAGGCCUUACAGCAUAGAGACUUGGGAGCAGGAGUUCGUCGUCAAGGACUACUAUGACCACUGGACUAAAGUUAGGACAGUAUGAAGUCGCACUAGAUAGAUAAGUAAAUAAUUUCAAGACAUUCCAUCAGAAAAAUAUUGAGGUACAUGGUGUCGUGUUUUGAAGUGUUGAUAGGGCGCUUAUCAUAUUUUAAACUGAUUUACUGUCUACGGUUAAAUCCGGCUUGAUCUGUCUCAUGACCUAAAUAAUUGGCUAACCUGCUCAUUUGCUUCUUCUGCCAAAGGUUAUCAACGUGAUACCUGGAAGUCCAAUAAACUAAAUCGUGUAAACCAUCCUGAAAUAAAUGUUAUACUUUUUACUUAUUUCAUUCUUCAGAACAUUAGGUAGGAUGCAAUGGAACAUUUGAUACAAUGAGAGUAAGAGAGAGCGAAUAUUUCACGCUUCUGAUCAUUUAAUAAGGCAAUAAAAGUCUUAGGCAAUCAUUGAUUGAGAUGCAACAAAAUUGUUCAAGCCUUUUCUCAAUAUAAAUUCAUU